GUGGUGUCCUCCAGGUUCCCCAUCAUCCUGUCCAUCGAGGACCACUGCAGCAUCGUCCAGCAGAGGAACAUGGCCUCCCACUUCAAGAAGGUCUUCGGGGACAUGCUCCUCACCAAGCCCGUGGACAUCAACGCCGACGAGCUGCCCUCGCCCACCCAGCUCAAGAAGAAGAUCCUGAUCAAGCACAAGAAGCUGGUCGAAGGGAACCUGUACGAGGAGGUCUCCACCGCCAGCUACUCGGAGAACGACAUCAGCAACUCCAUCAAGAACGGGAUCCUCUACCUCGAAGACCCCAUUGACCACGUAAGGAGCCCUCAUUACUUCGUCCUGACGAGCAACAAGAUCUACUACUCGGAGGAGACCUCCCGCUACCAGUUCAACGAGGACGAGGAGGAGGUGGAGCAGAAGGAGGAGUUCAACAACAACGAGCUGCACUUCACGGAGAAGUGGUUCCACGGCAAGCUGGGAGGGGGCCGGGACGGGCGGCAGAUCGCCGAGAAGCUGCUGCACGAGUACUGCACCGAGACGGGCGGCAAGGACGGCACCUUCCUGGUGCGCGAGAGCGAGACCUUUGUGGGCGACUACACCCUCUCCUUCUGGAGGUCCAGCCGGGUGCAGCACUGCCGGAUCCACUCGCGGCAGGAGGCCGGGGCCACCAAGUUCUACCUGACGGACAACCUGGUCUUCGACAGCCUCUACAGCCUCAUCUGCCACUACCGGGAGGUGCCGCUGCGCUGCAACGAGUUCGAGAUGCGCCUCACCGACCCCGUCCCGCAGCCCAACGCCCACGAGAGCAAAGAGUGGUACCACGCCAGCCUGACGCGCCUGCAGGCCGAGCACAUGCUGAUGCGGGUGCCGCGCGACGGAGCCUUCCUGGUGCGCAAGCGCAGCGAGCCCAACUCCUACGCCAUCUCCUUCCGGGCGGAGGGGAAGAUCAAGCACUGCCGGAUCCAGCAGGAGGGGAGGCUCUUCAUGCUGGGCAGCUCGGCCGAGUUCGAGAGCCUGGUGGAUCUCAUCAGCUACUACGAGAAGCACCCGCUGUACCGCAAGAUGAAGCUGCGCUACCCCAUCAACGAGGAGACCCUGGAGAAGAUGGGCACCACCGAGCUGGACUAUGGAGCCCUGUAUGAGGUGCGGACCCCCCACUUCUACGUGGAGGCCAACAAGAUGCCCAUGGCCAGGUGCACGGUGAAGGCCCUGUACGACUACAAGGCGCAGCGGGAGGACGAGCUGUCGUUCUGCAAGCAGGCCAUCAUCCACAACGUGGACAAGCAGGACGGCGGCUGGUGGCGGGGGGACUACGGGGGCAAGAAGCAGCUCUGGUUCCCGGCCAACUACGUGGAGGAGAUUGUGGGCACCCAAGCGCUGGAGCAGGAUGAGGCCUCCUCGGAAAACAGCCCCCUGGGGAACUUCCUGAAGGGAUUCAUCGACGUCCCGUCCUGCCACGUCGGUGAGAGUGGUGGGAAAUGGCUAGAAUCAUACUGGAACCGUACUGGGAUCAUGAUGGCAUUGACACGGAGCAACUGGGACCAUGUCGGGAACAACAUCGUACUAGGAGUGACUGGAAGUGACUGGGAUCAUCCUGGGAUCAUACUAGGAGUGAUGCAGGAGGGGAAGAUCAUGGAGCGGAGGAAGAAGAUCGCGCUGGAGCUCUCGGAGCUGGUCGUCUACUGCCGCCCGGUGCCGUUCGAUGAGGACAAGAUCGGCACGGACAAGGCGUGUUACCGGGACAUGUCGUCCUUCCCGGAGACCAAGGCGGAGAAAUACGCCAACCGCAGCAAGGGCAAGAAAUUCCUGCAGUACAACCGGCGCCAGCUGAGCCGGAUCUAUCCCAAGGGCCAGCGCCUGGACUCCUCCAACUACGACCCCCUGCCCAUGUGGAUCUGCGGGAGCCAACUCGUGGCCCUCAACUUCCAGACGCCCGACAAGCCCAUGCAGCUGAACCAGGCGCUCUUCAUGCUGGGGGGCCGCAGCGGGUACGUCCUCCAGCCCGACAUCAUGAGGGACGAGACCUUCGACCCCUUCGACAAGAACAGCCUGAAGAUCGUGGAGCCCAUCACGGUCCAGCUGCAGAUCCUGGGCGCCCGGCACCUGCCCAAGAACGGCCGGAGCAUCGUGUGCCCCUUCGUGGAGGUGGAGGUUUGCGGCUCCGAGUACGACAACAGCAAGAACAAGACGGAUGUCGUGGCCGACAACGGCUUCAACCCCGUGUGGCUCUUCAAGCAGUUCGUCUUCGACAUCAACAACCCCGAGUUCGCCUUCCUGCGCUUCGUGGUGUACGAGGAGGACAUGUUCAGUGACCCCAACUUCUUGGCACAGGCCACCUUCCCCGUCAAGGGCCUCAAAACAGGCUACCGCUCGGUGCCGUUGAAGAACAGCUACACUGAGGACCUGGAACUCGCCUCCCUCCUCAUCCACAUCGAGAUCAUCAACGCCAAGGAGGAAGAUGAGGAGAACCUCUACUCGUCCAUCCAGCAGCUGCGGGACCGCGCCAGCGAGCUCUCCAGCCAGGUCUCCAGCUACGAGCGCGCCAACGGCUGCGACUCCCGCUACCAGCAGCGCCUGGACGAGCUGCGGGCGGCCCAGGAGCGGCUCAUGGAGCUCACCGAGGUCCGGAACCGCAAGCUGAUGGAGAAGAAGAAGAGGGACCGGCAGAUGGUCACCAAGCGCAGCUGAGCGGGAGGGACGCGAGCGCCGGAGCUCCCCGGCCGCCUCCUGUCCUGCCACGCGGGCGGGUGGGGUGGCCACGGCUGGUCCCCUGCCCGUGGCCGGCUCUGGGUGCCUCCAGCUCUCAUCCCGUGUCCCCUGGGGCUCGUGGCCGUGGCCUUGUCCCCACGGGGUGUCCGCCGUGGCUCCUCUUCCAUCGUCAUCGUCCGACGGGGAAACUGAGGCCCGGCCCCGGGGUGGGGCAGGACCGGCCACCUCCAUCCUGGGAACGGGUGACAGGCUGGGCUGGCAGUGAAAGCCCAGGAUGGGGACACAGGGGACACUCUGGGGGAGGGGGGUCGGGGGGGAGUUUUGUCCCCCCCUAUAAAUAUCUGUAUUUUCUUCUUUUAUCCAGCCUGUACAUACGGCGGGGAGGGGGGGGAGGGGUGUCUGGAGCAGCCACAGUAUUAGGGCACGGGGGGGGGGGACCCCAAAAUGCCCGCAGAUGUCCCAGGAAGGGAGCAGGGGAUGAGUCUGGGGGUGUCCACCGGCACAGGGUGGCGGUGACAAGGUGCCCCGAGGUAGGUACGGGCACCCAGGUGGCCCCAGAGGGGACAGGGAUGGCAACCCAGCGUUGUCACCAAAGCCUGGGAAUGGGGAUGGAUCCUGCCAGUGGAGCCCGUGGAGGUGGCAGUGGUUGGGGACAUCUUGGGGUGUCCCCCGGGAUCAGGGUGUCCCUGAGGGGAGGGGGGGGGGAACCUGUGU